CCCCUUCCAACCGAAUCAAGAAAGCUUCCCCACUCGUCGAACGCCAGUCGGUAGCUCACUCUCGAAAUUCUCUGAACCCCGUCGCAGACGACCUGCAAGCUCCAAGCGCGAUCGAGAAGAUGGCGUCUUCGCUCGCUCUCCGGAGGGCUGCCGCCGCCGCCGCGUCCUCGGGCGUCCUGUCGAGGCUGACCAACCCGGUCCGCGCCGCCUCCGUCGCCCCUCACGUUGCUCGCUCCUUCAACACCAGCUCUCAGAUGCGGCGCUACGACGAAGACGACAGCGACGUCGACGUCGAGCGCCGCUCCGAUCGUGCCGUCUCCCGCCGCCGCGAGCCUGGUCUGUUUUCAGGUAAUGUGUUCGAUCCGUUCUCGCCGACUCGAAGCCUGAGCCAGGUGCUGAACCUGAUGGACCAGUUCAUGGAGAGUCCGUUCCUCGCGGCGUCGCGCGGCAUGGGGGCUGCUGGAUCGAGGAGGGGCUGGGACGUGAAGGAGGACGACAGCGCCCUCUACCUCCGGAUGGACAUGCCCGGCCUCAGCAGGGAGGACGUGAAGGUCUCGGUGGAGCAGAACACCCUGACGAUCAAGGGCGAGGGCGAGAAGGAGUCGGAGGAGGAGGAGGAGAGCGGGAGGAGGUACUCCAGCAGGCUGGAUCUGCCGCCGAACCUGUACAAGCUCGGGGAGAUCAAGGCGGAGAUGAAGAAUGGCGUGCUCAAGGUGGUGGUCCCCAAGGUGAAGGAAGAAGAGAGGAAGGAUGUCUUCCAGGUCAACAUUGAGUGAAAAUGCUGAGAGAGUUGUAAAAAGGGAUUUCUUUUGGGGGUCAAGGUGCUAUUUUUCCUUCCUUUUUCUAGCAGUAAGUUUUGUCUGGUGUUUCAACUGAAGACUCUUUGGGCAAUAAAUAGGUGGGGAAGAAAGAGUAUGCGAGUUCUUCCGCUGAUGAGUUGCUGAGUCCUGUCUUUUUGUCAAGCCUUUCACAGACGAUGUUUCUCUUUAAUGAAAAUCGGAAAAAUCUUACAAACUGAGUUAGUCGUC